CAGAUCAGCGAGCUGAGACGGGUUUCAGGCUUGGGACUGCGCAGCCGCGGUCCGCGCAUGCCUGAAAACGCGACGGAAUUAAGUUACGUGCGCGGCGACGCCUGGGCCGCCAUACUUGGGUGACGGGAGCUCGCAGAGGACAAACUCCCACGCGCUUUUCCGGUGUCUCUUGCCUCAGGGUGAGGCAAGACCUAAGAGGCGCUAAAACUAGGUCCAAGGUAGAGAGCGGCGCCGGUUAGAAUGAAGAAAAUAACAACGUUAUCUCCGGAGGGUGGCGGUUGAGGACCUCACACGCGAGCGGGGUGGUGGCCGAAGACGCUGAGGGACGAGCGCAUUCUCGCCGAAGUACAGUUGGGCGCUGCCAACUUAAGGGUGUGAGAGGGGUGGCAACGAACUGAGAUUCGCUCCGCGGAGGCUGGGCGAGUGUGGAAACCCGAAGGGAGCGGACAGUCGCCGAAGGCCCCACUUCCUUUCCCCAGCCCGUCCCUCUCCGGCCAUGAGCGGUCUAGUGCGCACCGAGCCGCUGCUCGGGGAGCCUCCUCUGCGGGUGCCCGGCGACGCCUUUUCUGUGGUGGUUCUGCUGCAGGGCUACGCGGAGCCCGAGGGGGUCGGCGACGCUGUGCGCGCCGACGGCUCCGUGACCCUUGUUCUGCCCCAGGCCUGGGGCCCGGCCUCCGGCCACCGAGAGCCCCCGCCCGAGGGCUACGAGGCGAAGACCGCCCUGGAGGAGGCGGCCCGUGGCCCCAUCCUAGUGGACACCGCGGGGCCCUGGGCUCGAGAGGCGCUCCUGGGGGCCCUGGCGGGGCAGGGCGUGGCCCCGGGAGAUGUGACUCUGGUGGUGGGGACCCACGGACACUCGGACCACAUCGGGAACCUGGGGCUGUUUCCCGCGGCGGCCCUGCUGGUCUCGCACGACUUUUGCCUCCCCGGGGGCCGCUACCUCCCCCACGGGCUGGCUGAGGAGCAGCCUCUGCGGUUGGGUCCGGGACUCGAGGUGUGGGCCACGCCCGGCCAUGGUGGCCAGCGGGACGUGAGCGUGAUGGUGGCUGGCACGGCCCUGGGUACCGUCAUGGUAGUGGGCGAUGUGUUUGAACGUGAUGGGGACGAGGACUCGUGGCAGGCGCUGAGCGAAGACCCGGUGUCCCAGGAGCACAGCCGGAAGAGGGUCCUAGGCACUGCCGACGUGGUCGUGCCUGGUCACGGAGCCCCCUUUAGGGUGAUCAGGGAAACCUCGGCGCCAGAGACAGAGGGUCUGAGGAACAGCCGGCCAGAUCUCGUGAUCGGAGACAAGGAGCCCACGGUGCACCGAUAAACCCCAGUCUUGACUGGAUUCCUUUCAGGGACCCCAGCCCCCCACCCCCAGACAAGAAACUGACGUCCAGGACACGAGAGGAUGUGUCAGAGAGGAGUCAUGGGUUGUCACUUCCAGCCCUUCCAGGAGGCCAGUUUUCCAGCGAGCACAGAGUAAUUUUGCCACAGCUGUCACCAGGGUCACUAGGACCAAGGACUGGCUCAGCUGUGUGCCACCUCUCGGGCUUCAUUAGUAAAAUGGGAGAAUGUUCUUGGGAGAGUCUUCCAAAAUAAAAGUAGAAACUGCAUUGAAAAUCAUACUGCCCUUCAACUAUUCUCCAAUAAAAAAGAAA